GUCGCCCAGUCGCGUUGUUGCUGCUACUAUCGCCGAGUAUUCGAGACGAUCCCACGUCCCUGCUCCUCCUCCCCUGCCAGCAGCAUCACCACAGCUGAGAGGAGGAGACGGAGGCACCAUGAAGUGGCUCCUGGUCGCAGCGUUCAUCUCCCUCCUGCCUGUGACAUCUGCUGUGAAGCUGCAGCUCUCCCUACCGGAGAGUGUGGAUGUGACGGAGGGGGAGAGCGUGACUCUUCUCUGCUCAUUCUCCCCGUCGUCGACCGUCUUGAGUGACCUCUACAUCACGUGGGUCACGAUGCCCACAGGUGACAAAAUCUACGACUCGCAUCUUGGGAGUCUCUGGCUUGAAAUAGCUGAGUUUGCGGGAGACAAGGAGAAGGGUGACUGCUCUCUCAGGCUCCUCAACGUCUCCAAGAACUUUGGCCCCGUGCUUAAGUGCGAUGUCAUUUGUACCAGCUGUGGGAUGGAUGGCUUCCAGAUGCAACGAGAGGUGAAGCUGAACGUGACGGCUGCAGCUCCACGUUCACACGGCAGCACAAGUGGCACGACUGUCGCUCCUGAAGGGGAGACCUCCACCACACCAGUGGCCGACUGGUGGAUGACGGUGCUGCAGACGAUGUUGGCGAUGGGCGUGACCCUGGGACUUGGGGCAGUCAUCGUCACCUGCAUUCAGCUUCCUCAGCCGUCUGGGAGCUCCCCCCACUCACGCAGGUGCCCCCCUCCCCCUGCCCUCUAGCCCAGGUUCCAGGAUCGCCCAGCUCCUCAGGAAUGACCGUAAAUGCAGGAAGCUCGGCUCAGUUCUCAGAGGUGGCAACUCUGACGCUUAAUUGGCACCACUGAGACCAUGGGGUCGUUUCCCGUGAACUGUAUCCAGGUGUUGCUGGGUGCAGGCACCGUGCGGUUUGUAAACUCGUGUUCUUGUUCCUCAGUGGCGAUGGGCAUGCAGACGUGCAUGGUGGUGUGGAGGAGAAUGGGCAUCUACUGACGAUGGUGAAUGGACACAAGGGGGACAACGGAGACAAAGGCAGGGACGCCGUUUGAAGAAAUCUUCUCUGGGCUCCCCCGUGACCACCCUGGCCGGCACGUGGAGCCGCUCUUACCCACAGUGCAAUGCUGGAGUGCAGUGCUGACUACCUGUGCUUCAUGUUGUCUAAGCCAUAGGCUGGAACAGUUCUGUUGGGCAAGUGACUGAUGUUUCUUGCUUUUUCUAAAGUUUUGAAGAGUGAGCAAGGCAAGCAUGCCACUGUUGUAUAUAUUGUGUUUAAAAAUAAAUUAAUGUUAUUUUAUGAAAUUAUGCAAAUUUAUUAAUGUAUGCAAAUGUGUGCAAUUGUGCUAAUUAGGCUCGAUUAAUAGUUUGUAUUAUGAUCAAUAGGUGUGAGUGUGUAGUUAAGUGUAUUAUGAUUCUUGGCAUGGCUUCGUUGUCUAGGGGUGUAUUAGCAAUCGUGAUAAUACAAUGAUUUGGAAGAUCAAAGAAUCGCCCAACUGCGACUGUGGAGAAGUCCAAACCAUCAAGCACAUCACCGAUGAAUGCUCCAUCCAUGCCCAUCCUGGCGGUAUCGCUGAAAUCUACACCGAGUCAACCACAUCAUUGGACUGGAUGAGGAACCUUUGCAUUAAUUUAUGACGAUCAUUAAGAAAAAAUAAAAACUGGUGCUUUUCACAAUGCCAUACCAAAAAAGUAGAAGAAUACAAUGAUUCUCGCUUUAACUUUUACUGAUUAUGUUUUAGUGUAAUUAUGUCCGGUCUCAGGAUUCAGAUCUCGCCGCAGGAUAUAUUUAAGAUUAUUAUGCAUGAACUUAGGAAGGAACCAAUCAGACUCUUCUGCGUUAAGAAACUUUAAUAUCUAAAAACACUAAUAUGCGAACACAAUUAUGAUCGGAAUUGCCACCAAAGUACUCCUGUAGAUGUCCUACUCAUCGAUCCAUACAAUUAACCCUCAAUGGAUACGUUUGUUAAAAGUGAACAAUAGAACAAUUUGCUAACUUCUCAGAGUAGCGCGACCGUACACAACGAUAGUAAAAGUCCGUAAAAAUGACAGUAUUUAUACGGAACCGUGCUAAAGAAACAUGUGCCCAAUGGCAAAAGUAGACAUCAAUGAAUUCAUUGGUAAGAUUAUGCAUCUUGGUUCUUUCGGUAAAGUCACGUAGAAGGGAAAUAAUAAAAUAAAACAUUAAAUAAUUCUCACGACGUUUCGGCCACAACGCAAGCAGCCGUCCUCAGGUGAAGAACAGGUCUGUCGGAAAGACAGCGUUCGAAUUAAGAAAUGUCCUGAAACAAUAGUGUACAUGCGAGUGUGUAUGUUUGGCAAACAGCUGCGAAUCAAUUGUCUAUCGGGACAUCAAUGAAUUCGCGGGCGAGAUUCUGUGAUCAAAAUAAAUAUCUCCAGACAAUAGCAUUCAUGUGAGUGUGUAGAUUCGUAACAUAGAUGCUUAUAAAUGUUGUGUGUCAUCAAUGAAUUAAUUAGGUAAAGUUACGCGAUGAAAGAAAACAAAUUACUAAAAUACUUCUAAACGACCGUAUUCAUGCAACUCAAGAGACAGAACAAUGCUUUUCACGAUCAGCUAAUAGUUAACACCACCUUGGGAUGGCAACCCUUUUCGCAACACA